AUGAAGAAACAGAUAACCUCGGACCCUGACCCAGAAGAUAUCAAACAUACGCAGUCACAGGCCGGCGAAGGAUUCGUUAGCGAAAGCAUUCAAGAUGAUGCUGUCUUCGGCGAGAUUCGUGAAGGAGACACCAACUAUCGUGAUGUGAGCUGGAUGGGCACAACAGCUCUGAUGAUCAAAACCCAAAUUGGCCUCGGUGUUCUUUCGAUGCCUAAGAUUUUCGACAUCCUCGGAAUUGUGCCUGGGAUUAUCAUUCUUCUUGCAAUUGCCGGAAUGACGAGUUGGUCAAACUGGAUGGUCGGCGUCUUCAAGUUACGCCAUCCUAGUGUUUAUGGGAUUGACGACGUGGGUAAAAUGCUCUUUGGGCGAGUGGGCUUCGAGCUAUUCGGUGCGGCAUAUACCUUGUACUGGAUAUUUGCGGGUGGUUCUGCCUUGCUCAGCAUCUCGAUCUCGUUCAACGCGCUCUCUGACCAUGCGGCAUGCACAGCUAUCUUCGUGGCCGUUGCUGCCAUCAUUGCCUUCACAUUCUCUAGCAUCCAAACUCUUGCUCGUAUCAGCUGGCUCGCCUGGAUAGGCGCAGCAUGUAUUAUCACUGCAGUCUUUAUCGUCACUAUCGCCGUUGGAAUUCAAGGCCAUGCUCCUAUGACUGCAGGUGUUAUCCCGGAGCCGGACUUUAAGUUGUUUGGCAAUCCAACAUUUGUGGAGGCAAUGACCGCUGUAUCCACGAUAUGCUUGACAUACGCUGGGACCCCUGCCUUCUUUAACAUUGUCUCCGAGAUGCGUGACCCGACGCUCUAUACUCGAGCCCUGACCAUUUGCCAGAUCCUUGUUACUGCCAUUUACAUUGCGGUUGGAACGAUUGUAUACUAUUACUGCGGAUCUCAUGUUGCUUCGCCGGCCCUUGGCUCUGCAGGGACACUGAUUAAAAAGAUCAGCUAUGGUUUUGCUCUACCGGGACUGAGUGUGUCCGCAAUUCUUCUGCUUCAUUUACCUGCUAAGCACGUUUUUAUUCGCAUUCUUCGGGGCACCAAACACCUUACUGCACCCACUCGAAUGCACUGGAUCGUCUGGCUCGGGUCCACCUUCAGUGUGACCUCAGUCGCGUACAUUGUCGCGAGCAGUAUCCCUGUUUUCAGUGAUCUGGUAUCACUUGUUGGGGCCCUUUUAGCAACGUCGUUGUGCUUUCAGCCAAUGGGAUGCAUGUGGUUGUACGACAACUGGGGCCCCGGCAAGCGAGAGAAGUCUCUGAAGUGGUGCUUGGGUGUUGCCUGGUGUAUCUUCAUCAUUUUGACCGGCUUCUUCUUGACAAUUGGAGGGACGUAUAGCUCCAUCGUGAGUAUAACUGCUUCUUAUCAGAAAUCGGGGGGCUCAUCUGCCUGGUCUUGUGCUAACAAUGAUCAUUAA